UCAGUUGUAACGAAAAAGUGCAAAAUUGAAAAUAUAACUAAAGUUUGGAACGCGCCAUUGUCUUUCAUUAUUCGAUCAUAUUGUACGUCAUCUGAAACUAAUGGAGAGCGACGGAUCACCGCCUCCUGCUUUCGGGCCAGCCGCCCUCGGAUUGCACCCAGUUGGUACAAAGUUCCCAACGAGAACUGCUUCGAAAAUGCCAGUUCAGGUGCUCAAUGCCCGUGGAAUGCCAGCCAGAAUAAGGAAGAAAAAUCGGAUGUUCUUCGACGAUAAUAUUGUGAAUGACAAAGUUCCUGGCGUCCGUGGGAGUCCGAAGAAAACGCCCAUGUCGACCAAGAAAUCUUCCAUCGCCAAGGGCACUCCGGGUAAAUUGCUUUGUAUUAGCCCUCGGAAGCUCGAUCAUUUCUCCCGCUCGAUUCAGAAGAAGAAAUAUUCGUCUCGCUAUGCAAAACUGAAGGACAGCAUGAAGAAACGGAAGAUCGACACGGAAGAAAAAAAUAUCAUGCAAUCGAUCAACCCGAUCGCAACAUGGGAAAAAAAGAUGUAUCAAACAUUGGGUUUGCAGAUUAAAAGUCUGUUACGGCUGCGAAGGGCGCACUGCUUCGUGUACUACGAGUGGUUUUACAGUGACAUCGACCAGUAUGUGCUCGGUACGGGAUCGCCUUUCCAGCAACUGAUGAAAGAACAAUUCCCUCAGUUGAAAACAAACAAUCUGACUCGCGCUGAAUGGAACCGCAUUCGCGCUUCGUUUGGCAAACCUAGAAUUUUUUCGCGUGCCUUCGUAGCACAGGAACGAGCGGAGCUGUUUAAAAUGCGUGAAAAAGUGCGCAUCCUUCAGGGAAACAAUCUUUGUGACAUUUCGUUCAGUGAAGGUUUACCGAACAAUAUUCCGCGCCGUAUCGCGGAGGGUACGAGGGUAAUGGCCAGAUUGUACGGAUCAUCCAACGACGGUGUGUUCGACGGGAUAGUUGAAGGAUACGCCGAAGAGGAACGCAGCUACCAGAUUGUUUUCGAUAGACCGACCAUCAAACCAUGCCUCGUUCCCGACACAGAGGUCAGUUCCGUGACCACGACGCCAACCAUUAAGCUGAACAGCAUCACGAAGGACUACAGAGAGGCUCUGAAAGGGGCCUCGUUCCACGUAGCGCCGCGGAUGACAAAGCGCACUAUACACGACUUCCAGAAGAGCAGAUUCACGGGAGAUCCCCUGAUCGUUGGGGGUUCGAAGUACAGUGCGAAAAAAGGAAGCUUCCCUGGAGACUAUAUCGGAGGUUAUCCCGUCACGUAUCUGGAAUUGAUUGUUCGAACCAAGAAAACUGUUUCGGCCAAGCAGAUGAAGCUGCUGCGUUUGCAAAACAUGUCAUCGGAGGCAGAAAUCUACCAGGCGUAUCAAAAUCCGUACCCUGAAGAGUUCAAGCGACGUUACGCGAUGCUGAUCUUGGCGAUCGAGAAGCUCAACCGCGAUCUGGAAAAACAGCUGGAGCAGCUUAAAGUGUUAGUAACACGUUUGACACACGAUCCCGAAAUGAUAGCAAUGAUAAUACCGAGCCGAUUCCGCGAACAGUGCCGAGAGAAGGCAAAUAAGGUGUUCGAUAGGCAUAACAAGGGAAAUGUGAAGAAUGAACAGAUCGCUGAUUUGAUUAAAAAUCUUGUAACAAUCCUGUAUCUUGCAUCUAGCGUGGGAACGAGCACCACGGAUAUCGCAAUGGAAAUGAGAGGCUGCCUGGCGGAAACUAGGGAGCGUUUGGAACCCGGAAAUGUUUCUAUGUUCAAUACAAAUGUUGCCUAUCCUUUCAACUACUUACAGCUGACAAAUGGCAAUGUGCGAGAAGGAGUUAAAGUUAAAGAUGAAAAGGAUUCUUGAAGUGCUACGAUAUGCUUUCCUUGACACCUCACCUUCAUAUCUUAGUUUGACCAGAAAACAAGAUAAAUAGCUUCACAAAACAAUCUUGGAAAACAAUUUUUCGUCAUUAACUUUAUAAAUGCGUCGUAUCAUAGUAUAAAAAACAGAGCUAUAUUUAAAUCGCAAAUUUAAUUUACGAGACGCUGACCAUAACGUCUGUGCAGUAAUUUCUCUCAGGUUUAUUCAUUAAAAUUAUAUGGAACGGGGAAGACGUAGUGGCUAGUCCGUAGAUCAUUCGUUUAUCGUUUAGAAAACCCACCCAACCCAAUGCGUGCUCUGCCGUUUGCAAAAUAAACAACAGGUUGUAAGUUCGAUGUACAUCUUAGAAUAGUGUUUCAAAUAAAUUAAGGUUGUU